ACAUGCACGCGCGCGUGGGUCAAAAGCGAGACACAACCUAACAACAAUAAACGAGGGUAAUUUCCCUGUACAAUAAGUACCACUCCACGCGCUUUGAUCAUCAGUUGAAUCCUCCGACACGAGAUAACAACAACGCAACGUGGCGUAUUUUCACCAAAAUGGCUGAUAAAAAUGAGAAUGUCUCUCCGACACAAGAUGUAAAAUACCAGAGAGUGGGAGGAACUGAAGGUGUAAAACUCAAUGAGGGUCGUUUGUCGUUCUGGCUGGUGGUAUCAACGGUAACAGUAUGUAUCGGAUCGUCAAUGGAAUUCGGGUACAACAUCGGCGUCAUAACCGGACCGUCUCCAUUCAUCCAGCAAUUCUUCAAUGACACACUCUUCGAACGUUCCGGCGAGGAACCGAGCGAAAACAGUCUCACCUGGCUUUGGGCGGCCACCGUUUCUAUCUACUGCAUCGGAGGGGGCUUGGGGGCUCUCGCCGGCGGCUACUGGGCUGAUAAAUUCGGCAGAAACCGGGGCCUUUUGUACAAUAAUUUUAUCUCCAUCUUGGCGGCCAUUUUGAUGGGAUGCUGUUACUCGGCUAAUUCACCGGAGAUGCUCAUCAUCGGCCGUUUCGUCAUCGGAUUCAGCGUCGGUAUAUCAUUAACCAUCGUACCCAUGUAUCUUGCUGAGAUAUCCCCUUUUAAUUUGAGGGGCGCCAUCACCGUCACACAUCAGCUUCUGAUCACCAUUGGUAUUCUACUUGGGCAGUGUCUUGGUUUCUUCGCAUUCUACAACGAAUCCACAUGGUCAAUUGUACUAGGAUUGACAGGCAUCACUACAAUUAUCGAGUUCAUCAUGCUCCCGUUCUGCCCAGAGAGUCCAAGAUGGCUACUCAUCAGGAAGAAUGACGAGGAAAAGGCGGUGAAAGCCCUGCAGCAGCUCCGAGGGAGAGACAACGUUGGGGACGAGAUUGUUGAAAUGAAACGAGAGCACGAGAACGAGAGUAGCGUAGAACGGAUCGGUGUGUUUGAUCUCGUGUGUCUACGCGACCGCUCCUGGAUGCUUCCCCUCAUCAUAUGCGUCGUCGUACACGUAGGACAGCAACUGUCGGGAAUCAACGCGAUCAUCUUCUACUCGACCGAACUGUACGAUGCAGCCGGAAUGUCCGAGAGCGAGGUCGCUUACGCGACGGUGGGCUUUGGCGCUCUCAACGUUUGCGUGACUAUCGUCUCUGUAUUGGUUGUCGAGAGGGCCGGGCGACGACCUCUACUCCUCUAUCCCUUCGGAGUCAUCGCUCUGUGGCUCAUCGGUCUUACUGUCUCCCUCGCCCUCCAGUCACAGUACGACUGGCUGAAGUGGUUAAGUUUGGUCUUCGUUUACCUCUACAUCAUCACCUUUGCAAUCGGCCCCGCUCCUCUGCCUUACCUGGUCUCGGCAGAGCUCUGGUCGCAGGGUCCACGCCCUUCUGCCGUCAGUGUGUCCAUUCAGGUCAACUGGUGGACCAACUUCAUCGUCCAGCUGACCUUCCCGCCGAUGCAGGGAGCUAUCGGCGAGUACAUCUUUCUCAUCUACACCAUCUGCGUGGUCGUUACCACCGUCUUCAUCUAUUUCUACGUCCCUGAGACCAAGAACCGAAGCUUUGAUGAGAUAGUGUCUGCCUUCCGUGACAGAGGGAGGGGCAAGGGAAAUGUAGAGCUCGAGAAUCGUCAGUAGUUCAUUCACCUCAAGACCUUUGUAACCGGAUAUGCUCCACCAAAACACGUGAUAAGUAGGUGCCUCACACGAUAUCGGAAGUUUUCGUUCCGCGACGCACAACGGAGUCAAGAACAGAGAAAUUGUGUUCUCAAAUGCCCUUCGUGACAAAGAACACCUAAGAAGUCUUUGUCCAAACUUGGUGAAUCAAAACAGCCGUUUCGUUCUUUCGGACUAACGGCAUAUUUGCAAUCUUUGGUCAGCUCUGAAACUUGAGACAAAACUUUGUCCUUCAUUUUAAAAAAAAGUUUUUACAAAGACCUCCCAGCUGUCCUUUGUCGUUCGUCGGGCAUUUUCAAUAUAUGUCCUUGGCACGUCGUGCGCCUUGCACGAGAACUCUCUCAUGUAUUCUGUGCGAAAGAGAAACAACCUCGUCAUUCUUGAAUAGAAUUUCGUAUUUGGAACGAUAUAUUUGUUUAAAGUUUUAUUUGAGUGGUUCCAUUCUAGUAUCAAAUGCAACCAUUUAUAACACCUCGUUUACAUUUGCUACGACCAUGGAAUAGUGGGUUAGUCUACAAUGUUUUUGUAUGAUGAGUGUGCAAUGAUCGUACGAUGUACUUACGAUGUGAUUACAUUGUAAUUGCAUAACUCGCUCGAAACGGAAUGUAGACCCUGUGAUGAUCCUGAAUUCCAUACGAAAAUCUUACGAUCAUCGUACGACACGCUGAGGUGAUCAUACGAUAAGCAGGAUAUUAUCACCCUAGGAUUAGCAUUUGAGUAUCGAUGAUCGUAGGAAUGUAAACGGGGCUAUGGAAAUAGACAGGGAAUCAACUCAGCCCUCACGUCCACUCUUCACCUCCCUCUGAAAAACGUGUUUGUAUCGGUAAUAAUGUUAUCACUAAAUUUCUGUGGAUAUAUUUUGAUUUGUAAUGACAUGAAAUGGAAAUCCACGUUGAUUAAACAUGAACAAUCUAUCUAUUUUGCGACAAUGGAAUAUCUUUUAAAGAUGUAAAAAAUAGUUUAGAGACUAGCUAUAAAAUACUAGUUGUAGAUUGGAGUAGAAAUGUUGGUAUUUGUAGUAUUGUUCUUUACCUCUAAUGUUUGAUAGUCAAGUAAGAAACCAAUUGAAUAUGCCAUAGGCUGACUUGUAAAUGUUUUUAUAUUGUGUGUAUUAUUGUCGUUUUAUUUCGCUAAUCAUGUGCGUAGAAAGUUGUAGUAGAUUAAAUGUUUAGAAUGAAAUUUGACGUGUUAAAAAUGCGCAACUGUGGGUAAGUGUGUGGGGGUGGUUUUAGGUGUGUAUAUAAAUGCGUCAGUGAACGCUCGUUUGUGUGUGAAGGUGAAAACACUAAAUUGAGAUUUAAAUACGUAUAUUCAAUGUUUUGUGAAAUUUGAUGUGUGUGUGAGUGUGGUACUAUCUUGUGCGAUGUGUAUAAGUUGUACACAUGCGUGUGUGUGUGUGAAAUCAUUACUGUAUUAAAAAGUUUCCACCUUCAUUUAAAUCAAUGAUUGUUAUGGUCAUUUAAACAUGUCUGUUUUUACAAUGACACACUUAAGCCUUGAACAAGUUCAUCGAUUGAGUUAUGUUUCUAAUCAGAGCGCUGCUAAAAAGUUAGUGAGCCCCACCAAAAAAUGAACAUAAUUAUCUAAAGUGUUCCAAGUUCUGCCAUGUUUUAGAUAGUUAUUUCAUUGUGAAGUCAGAUUAUAAAGUAUUACAUUCAGUAAAGUUUUUUUCUCUGUGAUCUCUGAACAUUGAAGUGUUGUUGUCUCCAUUCGACACUCAGCGUGAAGGAGUGCAUUUUCUCGUGGGGUUCAUUUUUGGCACCACUGUAUAUUAUUAGAUAGUGCACCGCACACUGCCUGACAAUAUUCACUACAUUAACAUAACGUAUUACCUCACGUGUUCAGACUAGUCUGCUGUGCAAACCCUUCACUCGAGUAAAGGGUCUGAAUUGCAGCCUUCUCAUGCCUUGUGUACUGAAGG